CAUCCGCCCCCCCCAGAUGCGAUUCCUCCUACCAUGCAGCUCAGUUUGGCUCUUCCGGUUAAGUAGCUUCACCGGCGGUCUGCGUUUAUCAGCGUGUGUCACCCGCCGUGUGAGACGGACGUUUCCCGCGGGCCCUCCUCUACUCUUCUCCAGGAAACUCACGAUGCAGUCGAGCCGGAAUGUGACCAGCAGCAGCAGCAGCAGCAGUGAGGAGGGUUUAGGGAAAGCGGAUAAGAAAGGGCCGGGAAGCACGCUUGUUGUCAACGAGAGAAAGAUGAGGACCCCGAGUCCGCUGCCGUCGUUAGGGGAAAACUACGACGACGACUCGGAGGCAGAGUCUUUCCAGGGCGGCAGAACGGAGGAGGUGGACCGGGACACCCGGAGCAGGGCGUUUACGUGGUGCAGAGACUUUCUGUCAGGCUCCUGGAAGACCAUCAGGGAGGAGGAUUUUCAAAUCGGCAUCGUCAGUGGUGGACUCAGUAAUCUACUCUACCUGUGCAGUUUGCCUGACCAUGUGAGCACUGAAGGAGAAGAACCUCGCAGGGUACUCCUCAGAAUCUACGGGGCCAUCUUGCAGGGUGUGGACUCUCUGGUGUUGGAGAGCGUGAUGUUUGCUAUCCUGGCAGAGCGAGCUCUAGGUCCAAAGCUUUAUGGCAUCUUCCCCCUAGGGCGCUUGGAACAAUACCUGCCGAACACCCGAAUGCGCACAGAUCAACUUUCAUAUCCGGGCAUCUCAGCUGAGAUCGCCACCAAGUUGUCCCGCUUCCAUCAAAUGCGUAUGCCCUUCAACAAAGAGCCUAAAUGGCUAUUUGGGACCAUUGACAAAUACCUGGAUCAAGUGAUGAAGCUUAGUUUUGCACGUGAAGCACAUGUGAAGAAGUACAACAAGCUGAUGAAGCUGGACCUGCCUGCUGAGCUGGAGAGUCUCCGUGCUUUACUGGCAGCGACUCCAUCUCCGGUGGUUUUCUGCCACAAUGACGUCCAGGAAGGUAACAUUCUGAUGCUGGAAGAUGAGGAACGCACGUCCACAGAUAACCUCAUGCUGAUAGACUUUGAGUACAGCAGUUACAACUACAGGGGUUUUGACUUUGGGAACCAUUUCUGUGAGUGGAUGUAUGAUUACACCUACAACAAGUGGCCCUUCUACAAAUCCACUCCAGAGGACUAUCCCACCAGAGAGCAGCAGCUUCAUUUUAUCAGAGGUUAUUUAGCAGAGCAGAGACAAUACUCUGACAUCCCUGUGGACCAGACACAGAUGGAGGAGGACAUGAUCAUUGAGGCUAACAGGUACGCGUUGGCAUCACACUUCCUGUGGGGCCUGUGGUCAAUCAUUCAAGCAAAGAUAUCCAAGAUUGAGUUUGGAUACAUGGACUAUGCCCAGUGUCGUUUUGAUGCCUACUUCAAACAAAAGAAGCUCUUCUCCUGAUUCCCUCCAUCACGUCUCAUUCAUCUUUCCUUUUUCAUUCUUCAUGCUCUUGUUUCCUCGGUUAUGGUUCCUAUUCAGCCAUAUUUGAAUGAAACUGCAGUCCUAUGCAGCUUUGCCCAUGACAAGCAAAGUGGGUUAACAUUCGAUCAUGGUGCACAAUCACAUGCCUGCAGGUAGAACAUUUUUUUACUGGAAGGCAUAUUCCUAUAGUGUAAAGGGUUUUUUUGAGCGUGUAGCUCUAGCAUUGUAUGUUGUUCACUGGCAACACUCAAUUUUGGGCACCACAGAAUGUGAAGUUCAGACAGUAAAUCUUACUGUGAUAGUUAUUUUGUUCAGUAAAGCAAAUAGUAUUAAGUUCAGUGUUGAAGGCUUUUGUGUUUUGAGUCUUUCUACCUCACUUGUUUUAAAAAAAAUGUAAUUCUGAAUUAGCAUGUAUAGAUCUUCAAGCCUGAUGAAAAACACCGUCCUUGUUAUUAAGUGAAACACUCACUGACAUGUCAUUGUUAGAAGCCUUCUGUUUAAUAUAAUGUCACUGUAAUCAUGGCCUUUAAAUCUGUAAUAUUUGAUCUUAUCAACUCUUCAGACUAAACGUUUCUAUUUUUAAAUUUUCUUAAAUUUCAGACUGUUUUUAUUUAGCUUUAAUAACUUCUGACAUAUCGUAUGCUCUGAUACUAUUCAAAGCUUUUCAUGUUCUUAUGUAUCGUAGCUUGAAAUGUCCAAACAUCUGUUUUUCUUCCUAACUGUAAAAAGGUCAUCACCUUUAAUUCCCUUUAUUAUAUCCAACAAUCAUUGAAAACUGUGUUUGCAUUAAGUCACAUUGUGUCUUUUUGACUAGACUGUUUGAGCUU